AUGAUCAGAUUUGUAUUGUUCCUGACUCUCAUUUCGUUGGUCCUUUCGAUCCAAGAUACCACAACUCAUAAUGACUGUUUAAAUCAAUAUUGCAGUGCAGAAGUAGAGGCUUGUCGCAAAGAUCAGACUUGCAAGAAGUAAAUCUCUAAUUGCUAUCAAACAGCCAUGGAUGAUCUGUCACCUGCUGGGAUCCAGAGAAGCAAAGCAGCUUAUGAUUUAUGUUUGAGUACUAAUUCUUAUGCGAAAGUUUAAAAUUUAGCAAAAUGCAAGUAGAGAAAUUGUCCAAAUAAGUUAUUAAUCAUUUGA